AUGGCUCUCAACGGCAAACUCAGACAAACUCAACGCAUCAUCACAACACACAACGAUGAAGGCAAAGCCAUAAUCGACACAUCAGUCUCCUCAGACGCACCCUUCUACGCCCUCCCCGACGGCGAAGCCCACUUCGCACUAGGCUACGCCACAAAAGAAUUCCCAGCCAAGCUCACCAACAACGCCGACGUAGAAUCCUACCAGAACUUCCUGACCAACCAGCCAGGCCUGAGCAUCUCAACGGGCACUAUCCUGCGCUAUGUCGACAUGUGUCCUGGGCAUACUUCACCUAUGCACCGCACUGUGAGUCUCGACUACGGUGUUGUGCUGGAGGGCGAGGUGGAGUUGAUUUUGGAUUCGGGGGACAGGAAGGUUUUGAAGAGGGGUGAUGUUUGUGUGCAGAGGGCGACGAUGCAUGCGUGGAGGAAUACGAGUAAGACGGAGUGGGCGAGGAUGUUGUAUGUGCUUUUGCCGUCGACAAAGCCUGAUGUUGGGGGGAAGGAGUUGGGUGAGGACUAUGGAAAUAUGGAGGGUGUCAAGGCUUCUGAGUAG